AUGAGGAAUCCACGGGCGCUGGCGGACCAAUCGAAGUACUACCGCUUCCACCGGCAACAUGGGCAUGACACUGAACAGUGUUGGGAGCUAAAGAGGCAGAUCGAGAAGCUCAUUCGUAGGGGACACCUCGGUCAGUACCUCCGACCGGACAAGAAACUUUCACCGCGCCCGGAGGGUCCCAUCUUACGACACAUCGACGUAAUAGCUGGCGGCCCCGCGUCUGGUGGGGAUUCCAUGACCAAAAGAAAGGCGUACGCCAGAGCCGCUCCGGCUGAAGCUCCCAAGCAUGGGCCCGAGCCUAAUAUCACCUUCCCAGCCGGGACAUCCGAACAAACCGAGCACGACGAUGCGCUCGUGAUAUCGGCCAGAAUAGCCAAUGCACAAGUAAGAAGGAUCAUGGUAAAUACCGGGAGCUCGGCCGACAUACUCUACUUUGACGCCUUCCAAAAGCUCGGCUUAUCCGGAGAUAACAUGAAGCCGAUAUUCUCGGCACUCACCAGAUUCACCGGUGAUUCGAUCUUGCCGCUAGGGGCGGUCACUUUACCCUUGACCCUGGGAGCCCCGCCGAGGUCGAAGACAAUGAUGACCACCUUCUUGGUAAUCGACCUCCCCGCUACAUACCGCUACAUACAGAUUGCCUAG